AUGCAGUUCUCUCACGCUCUCAUUGCCCUCGUUGCGGCGGGCCUUGCCAACGCCCAAUUCCCUAACCUCCCUUCGUGCUCGCUCAACUGUCUCGUGACUGCUAUCGAGAGCGACGGAUGCUCUGGCCUGACCGACUUUGCUUGCCACUGCCAGAAGCCGGGUCUCGUCAGCGAGGUCACUCCUUGCGUGCAAAAGGCUUGCUCUGAGGCCGACCAGUCUGUCGUCUCCUCUGUCGUCGUCUCGGAGUGCUCUGCUGCUGGCCACCCCAUCUCUGUGCCGCCGCCUGUGGGCAGUGGUUCGACCACGACCACCGCCGCAGCGGGCUCUGGCAGCAUCACUACCACCGCGGCUGGGGAUAGCUCUACUUCUUCGACCUCUGCGUCGGCGACUGGCUCGACUCCGGCCGCUUCUUCGACCCCUGCCGCCUCGUCGUCGUCCGUCCCCGCGAGCACCCCGGCGACUUCUCCUUCGGCGACUGGUUCGUCCAACUCGACCGUUCCUAGCGGCAGCCGCAGCGCCACUGCCACCCCGCCAGUCUUCACUGGUGCUGCUUCCAACGUCGUGAGCAACAUGGGCGGUGUUGCCGCCAUGGCUGCUGCUGUGGCCUACUUCCUGUAA